UCCGCCACCAUGUUCAUGGCGAAGAGCGAGUACGACCGGGGCGUGAACACGUUCAGCCCCGAGGGCCGCCUCUUCCAGGUGGAGUACGCCAUCCAGGCCGUCAAGCUCGGGUCGACGUCCAUCGGCAUCAAGACGGCCGACGGCGUGGUGCUCGCCGUGGAGAAGCGCGUCACGUCGACGCUCAUGGAGAGCAGCUCCAUCGAGAAGGUCAUGGAGAUCGACUCGCACUGCGGCGCGGCGAUGUCCGGCCUGAUCGCGGACGCGCGGACGCUCGUGGACCACGCGCGCGUCGAGGCGCAGAACCACCGCUUCACCUACGACGAGCCCAUGCCGACGACGGCGCUGACCCAGAGCGUCUGCGACCUCGCGCUGUCCUUCGGCGAGGACAGCGAGGAGCGCGAGGGCGGCGGCUCGAAGAUGAGCCGCCCCUUCGGCGUCGCGCUCCUCGUCGCGGGCUACGACGACGACGGCGCCCAGCUCUACUACGCGGACCCCAGCGGCACCUUCACGCAGUACAAGGCCAAGGCCAUGGGCUCCGGGGGCGAGGGCGCGCAGUCGAACCUCCAGGAGAGCUACAGCGAGUCCAUGUCCUUCGCCGACGCGGAGGUGCUCGCGCUCAGCACGCUCAAGCAGGUCAUGGAGGACAAGCUCACGACGGACAACGUCGACGUCGCCUCGGUGACCAAGGACGGCGGCUUCCACGUCUACACGGAGGCGGAGAUCACCGCCGUCGUCGCGCGCAUCGCGGCCUAGGGCGCCGGAUCGCCCGCGCGCCGCGCGCGCCCUGCCACGCCCGCCCGCGCGCCCCGACGCUUUGCUCCGUAACGCUCG